AUGGCCACCACCGCCCGGCAGCCUAAGCCCCAGAGGAAAGGUGCCCCCGAGCCAGCUCGUCGACAACAACAAGCCUGGACUGGAGCCCGCGCUUCCCCCACCUUUUCUCCUUCUACCACACCCCAGCCACCGGCCUCUUUCCCUCCUUUGAACGGUUCCGCACCCCAAGACCGGGUUCUCCAGUCGCUUGCUGGUCUCACUGGAACAACGAUAACACUUUCCACCAAGACCAAUGCCCGUUACGAGGGUGUAAUUGCGUCAACGAGCAACGAAGGGGAUACCACUGGUGUUACUCUUCGCGACGUCAAGGAGCUCACUGCUCCAGGCGGCCCUUUGAAAGACACUCUUUUUAUUGCGGCCACCAACAUCAACGACUGGUCUUCCGGCCCAGCGGAUGCAAAGGCUACAAACGGCGACUCGUUUAGGACCGACACCGACAUCAGCCAGAAGAAAGGUGCCCCACGAGAACGGGAGCUACAAGCAUGGCAGCCUUCAACCGACGUCGGUCCAAACGCGAAUGCCGGCGGACUUGGCGGUGAUGACGAAACAUUCGGCGCAGGCUCGACUUCCAAAGGCAACUGGGACCAAUUCAACGCUAACGAGAAACUCUUCGGUGUCAAGACCAGCUUUGACGAGGAUGUCUACACGACAAAACUUGACCGAAAUGCCCCGGAUUUCAAGGAGCGAGAGCGCAAGGCCCAACGUAUCGCAAAUGAGAUUCAGAUGACGGGUACUAACAAUCCACAUAUAGCCGAAGAGCGGAACCAGAACAGCGUUGACGAUAGUGGUCUCAACGAGGAGGACAAAUAUGGUGCCGUCGUCAGAGGCGCAAAUGCUUACGUACCCCCUGGAGCAAGGAAACCAGACGGAGCAAAAUCAGAUGUCCCGAAAGUCUCCGUCAACGGGCCUGACGGUACUUCGGUGGCUAAUCCCUCUAAAUCUCCCUCUCCCGCUCCUUCUGGUGCCAAGCCUGACCCUGUCACCGCAUUUAGCGACUUUGUUACUGAUGAAAAACGGCGGCUUCAGCAGAAACGACAAGCCCUGGUCAAGAACGACAUGGACAAGCGGAUGGCAGAUCUUGUUAAGUUUAGUGAAAGCUUCAAGCUUAACAAACCUAUUCCCGACGACCUGGUUCCCAUUUUGACCAAAGAUGCGGACAAGCAGCGUCAGAUUAAGGAAAAGUCGACCAAGGAUGCCAAUGCGCCACAUGCCAGAAAUAUUGGAGCUUCUUCAUCCUCGACAACUGCGCCUGGAGCCCCCCGUGGCGCUGCUCCCGCCUUGGCAGCCAAGAUUGCACCGAGCAAAGGCCCGACCGCCAAACCGUCACCCGCCGUUGUUCCGAAAGCCACCCCCGCAAAUGCCAAACCUCCGACUCAACCUAGUCCUCGCUUGGCCCCAACAGGGAAACCCGCAAUUCCAAUGGUCAUUCAGAGCAUUCCACCAUUCAAAGGCAACAAGACACGCCAGUCUUCCCAGCCAACCACCUCCAAUGGCGCUACAUCCAGCCCCAGACCACCAAACAUGACAACAUCAGCAACGACAUCAGCUCUCUCGUCAGGUGCUCCUCCUUCACCAAGCACAGCUGCAGCUCGUCAACUAAAUGCGCAAGCUACGUCGUUCAAGCCCACUCCCAAGGGUGCUCCAUCGGCUUCGGUCUCUCCAAAACCUAAGAACGAGGCCCCAACCGCUCCCAAUCCCUUCUUCGGCUCUCGACCAAUCAAGAAAAACACUGCUGCUCAUAUCAAAGACGAUUUCAACCCGUUCAAGCACAACAAAGUCGCCGAAGCAGCCCAAGUUUCUGCGAUGUGGCCUUACAAUGGGAAGCGAUAUAUGCUCAUGUUCCCUCAACAGCCACCUCAGCCUCAUCCACACCAACCCCCACCACAAAUGCCACCACCGAAUGCUGCCCCGAUGCCUGUCCCGCCCCCUCCUCCAUAUGCAGAGGAGGAACCUGCUGCUGCUGCUGCCCGCGGUUACGUCUACUAUCCGUAUUACCCUGGUCAGAUGCUUCCACCUGGAAUGGUGCCCCAACCUGGACCACCUUACAUGCAAUAUAUGCAACCCAUGCCUUAUCCGCCAGGCAUGCCUCCACCUCCAAAUGCAAUGUAUGCUUCACCAAGUAUGGGACAAAUGCCGCCUCCCCCGCAAGUCUACAUGCAGCCACCACCGCCUGGCGCAUAUCCUCCGCCGAAUGGUGCUGGUCCUCGUCCCUCAAUGCCGCCAACUCCUAUUCCUCCCCACCCAUACUACCAACAAAGCCCGCAACUUGGUCACGCUGUAGCAUAUCCGAUGAUGAUGCAACAACCACCCACAGGUCCAGUCCAUGGGUACGAGGCUGCACAAGGACAGAUGGGCCAGCAUUCGUAG